AUGAAGGGAAAGAAGCUGGCUCUGGGUCUAGCCCAUCUGAUUGGCCCGCACAAGGCGGAUGAUCGUAUACCCACUACCAACUCUCUACAGAGUCCACCGCCCUCACCGUAUCCUGGACGUCGCGCCCCUCUGGCAACAAAGGUCGAGGCCGAUCUACGAGUAGCCUGUGCCGGAAUCCUAGUCAACACCAAGCCCUCACAUCACUACGUCCCUCCGGAGGCGCAUAUCACAGCCUUCGUUGAGCCCAAGCAGGCACUCGACUAUGAGGCUGUAAAGAGAUCUGUUUCCACGCGCAAAUCACAAGACUCUCGUCCCUUCCCACCACGAACAGAUUCGGCCGACGACAAGCACCCCUUGAAGUAUGCAUACCGCCCAGAUGCUCCCAUUGAUCAGCUCUUCACAAAGUCGGACCCGGCCAUCGAUCCUGUCCAGUCUAUUCUUGGCAGACCUAAGUAUGAUACUCCUAUGGGCAGUCGUGCGAAGACUCCUGUGCCGAACAACGUCUUGUCUCCCAACAGCGAUGUCGGUACACGCCCGCGCGUCGCUAAGCGCUCGCCCUCUGGUGAGACCAAUGGCUCUACGCCCAUCACCGACGUAACAGAGUACCACUGGAGUACCUCUACCGCUCCUACCUCGGCCGCUAUCACACCCGUGCGUACCUCGAAGAGAGCCUCCUCCCACAUACCUGCAGAGCAAGAGAUCCCAAUCAAGUCAGACGCGACUGCCAUUGAGUGGAUGCGCAACGAACUCGAACGUCGCCGUCAGAAUCAAGCUGCUGCUGCUGCUGCAGAGGAGCAUGCUGCACUACCAGCCUUGUCGCGUGCUCCUAGCAGGACACGAAGCAUCCGAAGUCUUCGUGACAACAUCAAAGAAUACAUUCGUCCAAGCAGCGCCGGAGGCCAGAGCAGGGACAACAGUCGACCACCCAGCAGGUCCGCCUCGCGCUCGUCAUUACGAUCUGACUCGCAGUCUCAAGAUCCAGACAUCCGCGGUGGCUGGAGAAGUUGGGGUCGAACCUUGAAGAAGGAAAAUGCCCAGACUGAUGUCAGCAGGUCGAACUCGACAAGAGGAAAGAGCGAAGGAUUGGACUGCUCAAGCUCCAAGAAGUCUGAGAUCAACCUCAAUCGCGAACUGCCUCCGCUUCCUAGUCUCGAUCAAUGGAAGGAGGAUGAACCUGCACCUCCAGCACGACGUGCCCCACAACCGCCGUCAUCUAUACAUCGCCCUAUCAAUUCCGAACACAGCAGGAACACAAAGUCGGUAGAUAGUGUGAUGGGCGAAAAGGACGAAAUCAUCGCAGCUCGUCUCGGUUCGCCAGCCCGAGAGAAGCCAGAGGUCUAUAUGCCCACACGCUCUCCAAGGUUCGCCGCCGCUACCAAAAUGCCCAACCUUGGCGCUGCUCACACCAGCGAUAACAUCAAUCCCGCUCUCCCACGCAGCAAGUCAGCGGGUCGUGUCACAACGCCAGAGCCUACACUGACCAUACGAGCCAUGUCUUCAAGACAAGGAGGUGACUACGCAGUCUCACAUCCUGCCUUCGCCAACACAUCUACCGGGUUCUCUAAGCACCGCAACUACGACAGCUCGAGCAUACCGACCCCUCUCGGCAGCAUCAGCAGUACUUCCACCAACACCAGAGCAGACAAAACAGCAACCGACAACAAGCAUGAUCAAAAACACCGUCACAUGAGAGAUAUUCUCAAGGUCCGAUCUCCGCCACCAGUGCCGCCAAAGGAAGCUGGUGACAAAAAGGCAUGGUGGAACAUCAAGGGAAAGAGCAAGAAGCCUCCUCCAACUUGGAUGGAUCAGCUCGAGAAGAUGGGUGGCGUUAAGGACGGCAUUUUAGUUCCCGACGAGGCGUGCGGUGCACCUCAUAUUCGUUACUGA